AUGUGUCAUCGUCCGGAAUUUUCAGAGUAUCCAUCCGCGAAAGUUGUUUCCGGCGUGUAUCCACUGGACAAACAGCCUUUCAUCCAACUUCCGGUUUUGUUUUAUCAUCCUGACUGUCUUGUUUGCAAGCAGUGUGGAGCCAAACUUGACAUAAACUCAUUUCAGGUCAAAGAUUGUGAAUUGCAAAACAAAAGCCGUUGUAAUAAAGAUGACUCGACGAAUUGCUUUGGUGCCCCGAACGGGAGUAUGUUUCUCCAACUAGUUCGUUUGAAGCAGCAAGAUUCGGUCAAGAAAACCGAUGACAAUCCCCAAUGUGAACUAUCAUGCUCAUCAAGCAGUUCAAUGAGAACCGAUGAGGAAUUGACAACGGAACCUUAUGGUAAAAAUUACAACAGCUAUGAAAUCAUUUCAGACAGAGGUCCACGGGAUUCAAAUUCACACGGGAAAGGGCUGACCAAACAGAAGUCUGACCAAAUUAAAACGAAUUCAGGACAACUUACUACCUACACUUCUAUGAAGACCAUUCAUGUGCGUCAUUUUUGCAUUCCUACGGAGAUUUUCAAAUCUCACGAAGCCCCGCUGGCUCAUCAGAUAUCAUUUCCAAAAUCCCACUCCUAUGUAACCAGCACACUGUUUGGUAUUGAAGUUCAAAAAGGAUCAGUAUCGGAACAGCCAACUGAAAGUGAUAUGAAAUUACCGUCGUUUCAGCACAGUGUCAGCAUCACCCCCAAGAAGCUGUUGAUUCUGUAUCAAUGUUCGAAGUGCCACAACACAAUGGAUUCAUCUGAAAUGCUUCGGUAUUCGAGUUAUUUCUAUCACACCGGGUGUGCCAAAUGCUGCGUUUGUCAGGCCGGUCCCACGUAA